GCCCGCCGCCAUUCUGCUGCUCCGGCUCUGUGGAGCACCGCUCUGGCCCUCUUAUCCCUUCUCCGACCUUGCGCGUAAGGCUUUUGUGAUGCCGUCUUGGGCUGCUCCUACUUAAUAGAUUCGAUCGGAGUACAGGACGCGCGAUGGAUUUUGAAGAUAGCUAGCUCGGUUCGUCAGAAGAGGUUGUGAGUUUCCGAUCGAGCGACGAUGGGUCUCUCGCGGCGGUUUCUUAAUCUGAUCGUGGAGCGAGAACUGCGCUGCAUCGACAUGGCGCGGUGCCCACUCUUUCAUCACCCACCGUUACCAACCGCAGCAACAGUAGCUAACACGGAGAAGACAGUAGUAUCGGUGCAAGACUCCACUACACGGAAGCCCUUCGUCAUGGAGAAUGAUCUUCUGCUGGUGGAGAGGCUUCAGCUCCCCGACCCAACCUUCAGCUUCGGAGCUGAAGCCGAUGAUGAAUGCGACGGGUGCGGUAUCGACUGCUUCCCGCUCGCGGAUCGCAAGGUUGCCUGCGUGGACCAGUCGGGGCGCGCCUUCCUCUUCGACGCCGACACGCGCCAGCUGGUGACCAUGCCCAGCCUGCACAGACCGAAGCGGUGGCCCUUCUCCCUCUUCGUCCCCAGCACUGACCACGGCGACGGCGGCGGCGGCGGCGGCAGCCUCUACAUCAUGGAGAAGAGCCCCAGACCGGAGGACGGCCGCUGCAGCAGCACGCAGCCUAGCGAUCAGUUCGAGGCCUUCGUCUACCGCAAGCCCACGGCGACGGCAUCUUGCAAGUCGUGGCACCGCCAGCUGCUCCCGCCGCCGCCGUUCGUCCGGGACCACGCGUACAGCCAGACACACCGCCAGAUCACGUCCUACGCCGUGGUUGGCGACGACGUCCUCGUAUCUGCUCAGGACGCCGGCAGCUACUGCCUGGACACGGCGAAGAACGCGUGGAGUCGGGUGGGCGAGUGGACGCUGCCCUUCCUCGGCAAGGUCGAGUACGUUCCUGAGCUCAAGCUCUGGUUCGGCCUCUCCGCGGAGGACGGGCGGUUGGCUGCUGCCGACCUGUCGGCCAUGGAUACCCAGCCAGAGCUAGUCGGCAGUUGGAAGGAGCUUGAUCCGUGCAGGGAAUGGCACCUAUCCCGGGAUCCUCAGCUUGUCAACCUGGGCUCGGGCAGGUUCUGUGUGGCCAGGUUCUUUGUGUCAGAGGAGUUUGGAGGCGAGUUUGGCAACAAAUUAGUUGAGCAGGAUCUUGUAAUCUUGACCGGUGUAGAGGUAGCAGAGGAUGUGAAUGCCGGCGACUGCAGCGGAAGCGGAAACGGGAAACUGGAACUUCGAAUGACCACGCACAAGUCGCGAUUUCACUUGUCUAAUGAUAGGGCUUACAUCUCUGCUGUGUUUUGAAUAAUAUUGGGGUCUUUGUUUUUGCAAGACUCAUGUUUUUAUCCGUUGUGUGUGUCAUCUCACUCUCGACUGUCAGAACCAACUCAGCAUCGUGUAGUUUUGUUUCUUUUGUGAGGAAACAACUCGAUCAGAAUCGUAUAAUCUUGGACUUAGCUUGGAUAUGGAUGUCUGGAAUAAAACAGAAGUUACCCUGCGUAUUUUGUCUCUGGA